UCGUUGAAAGACGGCCAUUACGGUGACGUCCGGUCGGCGACUUUUCUGCACGUUAUUGCUGUUUUUUUUUUUCUCUCUCCCCCGUCUUACUAUGGAACCACUGCUCCUGUGAAGUUCCCAAACAUAUCUCCAGGUGUUAUGAAUGACUACGAGGUCAUCCGGCAGAUCGGAGAAGGUGCGUUUGGGAGAGCCCUGCUCGUCAGAGACAAAAGGGGAGACGGAGACCGGCACUGUGUGGUGAAACAGAUCAGCCUCAGGAAGAUGUCAGCGAAAGAGAAAGAAGCCUCCCAGAAAGAAGUGAUUCUGCUGUCACAGAUGAAACACCCGAACAUCGUUUCUUUCAUCGCCACGUUUCAAGAGAAGGGCGGCCUGUAUAUAGUGAUGGAGUACUGCGAUGGGGGAGACCUGCUGAAGAAGAUCAACACGCAGAGAGGAAUCCCCUUCUCAGAGGAGCAGAUUGUGGACUGGUUCGUUCAGAUCUGCCUGGGCCUCAAACACAUCCACGACAGGAAGGUUCUUCACAGAGACAUCAAAUCUCAGAAUAUCUUCCUAACCAGCGGAGGGAUGAAAGUAAAGCUGGGGGACUUUGGAAUCGCAAGAAUCCUGAAUAACACCCUGGAGAUGGCCAGAACCUGUGUUGGCACGCCAUACUACCUCUCACCAGAGAUCUGUGAGAGUCGGCCCUACAACAACAAAACCGAUAUCUGGUCACUGGGUUGUGUCCUCUAUGAACUCUGCAGCCUGAAGCAUCCAUUUGAGGGCAGCAGCCUGAGGCAGCUGGUCAGUAAAAUCUGCAGGGGCCGCUACACACCUGUACCCAGCCGCUACUCCCACGACCUCCGGCUGCUGCUCACCCAGCUCUUCAAGGUCAACCCCCGCGACCGUCCCUCAGUGAGCUCAGUGCUCCGUAGACCGUUCCUGGAAAAGCAUGUCAGCAAACACCUGAACCCUCAGAUGAUGCUGGAGGAGUUUAACCACACGGCUUCUCGUCGGAACAGAGCAGCAGCAGAAGCUGCUAAAAUAAGCGCAGGAGCAGCACACGCAGCGGCAAAGCUGCAGAAGGCCAGAGGAGCAGAGAGGCCCGGGGCAGCAGGCAGGAGACCGCCUGCUAAGCCAGACUAUAGAGCAGCAUUCAGAGUGAACGCCCCUCCUCACCACAAACCUCUUCAUCUAAAAGGAGCCAAACCAGCUGCAGGCAGGGGCUUUGCAGGGUUUCAGAACUACAGGUUCAGUGGGGGGCAGCCUGAAAACCAUUACCAGCACUAUCACGCCCAACUGGAUUUGAUCCGCCGGAGGAAUAAGGACCUUCCUGCUGGUGCUCCACCUUUACCUCCCAAUGAGGCUCCUGCGCCUCAGGAGCCGGUCCUGGAUGUGAAGCUGCAGCAUGAGGAGCACGACGGUCCACCUGUAGAACCAUACCAGCUUGUGGCUGCAGCUCGUAACGAAUACCUGCAGAGGAAACAGGAGGCCAACCAGUAUAAAGUGAGAGCAGAAAAGCAGCUGGGUUUGCGGCCAUGUACGGCUGAGAGCAACAGGAAAGCAGGCGGUCAGGAGCAGCGAGCGGGACGCCCUGAAAACCAAGCCUUACCCCAGGACAGAAAAGACGAGGGACAACAGGAGUAUCUUCGUCAGCUGGAUCUCAUCAGGCAACAGUAUCAGCAGGAGAUGAGGCAGAUGAGACAGAAAACUGAAUCAGAGCCAAAAGAUAAACAGAGAACCUUUGUGGUGGAAAGAGCGCCAGACGACGUGGUGGAAGCCCUUGUAGACGCCGGAGAUCAACAGAAAGAAACACCUCCUCUGAACAUGGAGGCAGCGCUGAUGCAGAUCAGAGACAACACCGAGGAGGAUUUGCAGAAAAAAACCCAAAAUAAGCACCUGCAGAAAGGAAUCAUGUUUGAAAUCCGGCUGAAUGAAAGAGAGACUAAAGACACCCCAGAGGAGAAGAAGGAGGGGAGGGAAAACGGAGAGCAGCAGGAAGUGGACCCUCUCAAUUGUACUCUAAGCUUCCAGGAAGGGGAGGAGUUGAAGCUCAAAGAUUGGUCAAAGGAGAGAAAGGGGUGGAGCCACAGGACGCCUCAGACUCUGCUGGAUGCCCUGGCCAACAUGGACAUCAACUCUGUUUAUAACACAGCAGCUGAGCCUGCAGAAGCAGGUCGCAGGCAGUGGACCGGCGGCCCCCCUAACUCCCUGCUGAACGCUCUGGCUCAGACUGAAGUCACGUCGUCCACCCUGGACUCAGUCCGCUCAGAUCUAGACACUGCGGAAGACGAGGAGGAGAAAGAGGACUCGGACGUAGAGAUGGAUGAAGAGCGUCUGGAGCCACGGUCUGAUGACGACGACACGAAUUUUGAGGAGUCAGAGGACGAGCUGAGGGAGGCGGUGGCAGACUCCAUGAGGAACCUUUACGUCAUGGAGGACUCGGGCUCAGGCGAAAAGCCGCAAGAGAUGCUGGAGAAGGCUGAGGAGACAGAGAGGAAGACCGAUCACCAGCAAGUCCAAGCAGAGGUUAGCGCCUCAGAGUUUAAAGACUCACCAGGAUCUCAGCAGGAACCAGAGGAUCCGUGUGAGUCCCCGGCUUCUAAAAAGCAUCAGGCUACCUGACGCCUCAUUAAGUGAUCUGACUGAGCUACCAGAGGGAUUACUGUGAAUAAACUGCCUUAAAACACGUGAAACAUGCUCACCUUAACUUCUAUAUAUGUCAUGAUAAACCUGGAGUAACAGAGUCACUGAUCACUAAUGUAAAAUGUAAAUCUAAAUGGAAUUUCCAGAAAUUAAAAUAUCCUCAUAUUUUCUGAAAAUAACUACGAUUUGUUUCACUACCUGCAAUCAUCAUAUUGUUAUUUAGUUUCCAGCUAACACCUCUGAGGUUCCCACAAUGUGAAGAGGAAUCCCCUGGUAUGUUGGUGCCUGCAGACAAAGCAAAGUUAAGGCAGGUUAAUGGAGACCCUGAAAGUGACCACUGUGAUUGUUACUAUUUGCUGCUAGUUUUCUGUCGCUAACAACCUGCAGCUUUUAGGGCUGCACAGUGGAAAAUGCAUCUUUUUCAUAACAAAUAUAAUACACAUUUCAUAACUUUACAACAGUGUUUGGCCAUGUAGCUCAUUUUAAUUUAUACGUUUGAAGUUGAGGAAGGUCUAAAAAAAAAACAUAUUAUAGAAAAUAACCACAACUGCCAGCACAGAAAUGACCACUUGUGAUUAAAACCAGAGCGUAAUCCUGCACAGUCUGAACAGAACUCAGCGGCUCUAUUUAGAGGGAAUCCUGUGAAUUAAAUUAAAAAUGUAAAUGGAAUAAACUUAUAUAAAGCUUA